CGUUCGAUGUUAUGCUGCGUCUGUGUCUCCUUUAAAAUUGUAGUGUCAUUUGGUGUCAUUCAAUUUUGUGUGACAGGAGUGAUUUGAGAUUUUGCAAACAAAAAUAACGAUGGCUCUAUUAACAGAAAAUGGAAAAGGAUGUUUACCCGAUUACGAGGUGCAAGGAGCAAAAAAAGUCAGCUUCAGCCCAUAUUCCGAUAACGGAGGGAGUGUAGUGGCUCUCGCAGGAGAUGAUUUCUGUGUCAUUGCUGCGGAUACACGUCUUAGUACGGGAUUUUCGAUUUACACUCGAGAACAGGAUAAAUUAUUUCCUCUGUCAAACACCACCAUCCUAGGAUGCUCUGGUUGCUGGUGCGAUACCUUGACUUUGACUCGUCUCUUGUCCGCUCGUAUGCAGAUGUACAAACAUGAACAUCAAAAAGAAAUGACAACUCCAGCAGCAGCACAGAUGCUUUCAAUAAUGCUAUAUCAUAAAAGAUUCUUUCCUUAUUACGUCAGUAAUAUACUUGCUGGAUUAGAUGAAAAUGGAAAAGGAUGCAUAUAUAGUUACGAUCCAAUUGGACAUUGUGAAAAAACUACAUAUAGAGCUGGCGGUUCAGCAGGCGCACUUUUACAACCACUUCUUGAUAAUCAGAUUGGAUAUAAAAAUCAAGAAGGAGUUACUCCUGCAGUCUUGACUCAAGAAAAGGCUGUGGCAAUCUUAAAAGAUGUUUUCACUUCUGCAGCUGAGAGAGAUAUAUACACAGGUGAUGGAAUAAGUAUUAAAAUUAUUACCAAGGAUGGAAUAAAAGACUCCAGUUUUGCCUUGAGAAAAGAUUAAUGGAAGUGAGAAAAAACAUUUAUACAUUGAUGCAAAUAAAGUUAUUUCAGUAUCUUAACACAUUUUUUUUGUUAUCGAAACUUUUCUCUCUAUUUUAAGCACUCUUGAAAAUAAUAUUCUUUGUGAAUAAAUUGAGAAUAAAUUAAUUUAAUUAUAUUAAAAAUGUAGAUUGCCUGAAAGAAUGGUAUAAAAAAUACAUAUGCAUCAGUGAAAGAUACAAAUACACAAUGAUACUUGAA